CACGACGUUAAAUUCAAUUUCACCUCACCUCACCGCCAUCGCAUGGUCCAAGGGCAAUAACUCUUCAACGCGCACUGUUAACUUCCUGUGAGUUGCCAGGGCGAUGACAAACAGGAAAAUAUGGCUGCCGAAAGCAAUGUUUACGUUUGCCACUGAGUGACGUGUUUCAUAAAUGAACAAAAUUAGGACAUUAUGUGAAAUGACAGCAAUAGAUGUUUUUCUGGGUUAGUCAACGAAAUGUGCUAGAGUAGUUAGUUUGUGUUAUGCUUGAGGCACAAUCUUGUCAUAAUCCCUUACCUAUCGACAGCUAGGUCAGCUGGUCGAUUGAGUCAAUGACACAAAAUCUUUCCGCGACGCUUCGUUUUUCCGUUCUUCAGAAAUGACAAUGACAACGUGUUUCAACAAAAUGACUUGCUGCGUGGUUUUGCCAGCUGAUGGACAUAUAUGAUUUGGUUCAUUUAGUCCUCGCAUUAUCACCUGUGGUUAUUUAUCUAAUUCGACAAAAUUGCCAUUAGGAUAUUGUAAAUCCAGGACACUUUUUCAUUCUGUUCAAUGGCGAGCGACAUCCACGGUCCAUUGUUACCGAUACAGUCAGCAAACUAUCUCGAUUUAGUGACUGUACCUGAACCUAGUUACAGCAAAGUGCCAACCGAAACUGGCAGCAGAAAGAAAAAGAGAAAAAAACUGUUGAGGAAAAGACAGUCACUAGUAUCUGCAAGUUACACCGAUGUUUCGCAUGAAAUGGCAAAUUCAUUUGAAAGUAGUGGAGAAAAUGGAGACACUUAUACCUCAAAAAUGAGAUUACCUGGAAUCAACCGAGCAUCCACGCCUAACAGAAUCAAUACAUUGUCAUCACCAAAUCCUCGACAGCCAGGGCAAGUUGUUUCAUCCCAAGCGCAUGAACGUCGGAAAAAGGUGCCAUUGUUAGCGGCAAUCAAACCGGAAAAUGAACGUGCAGAGAAAGAUCGCUUCAUGAGAGCCAACUUCAACUAUAACCCACUGUUUAUCUACCGAACCCCAGCUGAACCAGAAGUGCUCAGUAGAUUCACUAAUCCUUCAGACAAGUACUUGUCCCAGGCCAAGUUAAUCAUGGACAUAGCCAUACAGCGUUAUGGCAGUUAUGAAAUAUUUGAGGAACAGAGCGGAGGUCGCAUUCUUACAAGGCCACAGAUUUUGUGUCUUGUCAAGCGUUUCUUACGUAAGGAGGACCUUGAGUCUGAGAUUUGUCUAAACCUCAGUGAGGAUCUUAUUUCCCGUGGGUCUAUGACAAGGUCAAAGGGCAGACCAGUGCUGAAUGUACGUGUAGUUAACCUACGAGAGCAGUGGGCGGAGGGAUUGCUCCGACAUGAAAUCGGAACCCAUUAUCUGCGUAGUCUGAACAACCGCUACCAGCCCUGGAACAACUUCAAGACGAGACGGGAGCUGGGGCUAAAGCCUCUCAACCCCACAGAGGAGGGUCUGGCCUCCCUCCACAGCGUCCUGUUCCGGCCCGACCCUUGUCUGUGGCCUGCACUCCUUUACUACACUGCAUUCAAGGCAUCUGAAAUGUCCUUCAAAGAACUGUUCCGUGACCUUGGUCAGUUUGUCCUUGACCCUGAUGUCAGGUGGGACUACUGUAUACGAGCAAAGCGGGGACAGGUGGACACAUCGCUUCCAGGUGGGUUUUGCAAGGACCAGGUGUACCUGGAAGGUGCUCUUCAGAUCCUGAAGCGUAGACGCACAAUCAACUUCAGCCUACUACUGAAGCUGGGGAAGAUCGCCCAUGAAGACAUCCAAAUGCUGGAGGAGUAUGCUGACCUCGAGAACACCCGCGUCCCCAACUUCAUGUACAACAUGACCAUCUACAGACAACAUGUGGACCGCAUCGCCCAGUGUAAUGGACUGACAGACCAGGUGCUUGCUGAUGUAGACUGACUGGCAACUGAUAUAAGAAAAUAUAAGAUUUGAUGAAAGCAAUUAAUUAUUUAAAUUGAAAAGGAUCCCAAGUGAGCUGGGAUAUUCAGAACCUGAGUUCUUUGCUAAAAGGGAUGGAUGGAUGAGGGAAAAAAUUGUGGUUCGGGGACUUUGAGACAGACUACAUAGAUUAUAAACAGCAAAACCCCCUAUAAGGUUUGUCAAAAUGAAUUAGGUGCUUUUCAUGAUAAGGUGUAACCUAUAUACAUUAUUUUCAAACUCAAAGUUCAUUUUUUCUCUACAUUCCAACUUUUUGAAAGAUGACAUUCCUUACAAAGGAUGUCACAUUUGUAGGAACAUGAAUCAGUGGUUAUUUUGGGUUCAGUGCCGUCCCUUCAUUAACUCACCACUCUGAUGUUUUGAGGGCAUGGUCAAGGUCAGACACAUGGCAUAAAAAAACAACAACUGUACAUUGAUUCUAGCCUACUAAACAAAUAAAAUAAAGUCCUCCCUGCCUAUUCAUGCUCUGUCACUGUCUUGAAAUCAGUCAUAAGAAACAAUCCUCGUGGUUAAAACGUUAAAACACAUCACACCGCAGAGGCGAGUUCAAUUCCCCACAUGAGUACAAUGUGCGAAGCCCAUUUAUUGCUGGAAUAUUGCUAUAACGCAGCACCUAAACCCACUCACUCACUCACUUCAACGGUCCCAAGUUCUUUGAAUUGAUCUUUGUAUACCUCUACUUUUUAUGCAUAGUUGUUCAGAUUUGUUUUAUUUAUGGAAUCGUGGUAUAUAUACACAAGUUGCUCAGUGCAAACAGUGCCAGACAAUCAUUAAGUACAUGAUUAGUUUAACAUGGGCUAGUUAGUUUGAAGCAUCACUAACAGUGAGAGUAGACAGAAAGAGGGGAGUUUCAACAUUCCUGUUGGUCACUACACAUACACAUAUUUUGCUGAAUAUGAUCCUCAGACCAUAAACUGAAUCUCAUCAUUGUCAUUUUACAGAUAUCUUGGCCAUUGUGCCCAGAUGGGAAUACUACAAUAUGUGUUGAUAAUCAUGUCCAUUAAAGUAUGAAAAGUACAUUUAAAAUGUCUUAAAUUAAAGUUAAUUCAAAACAUUGCCAAAAUCAUCUGAACUUUGACAAAUAAUUUCUUUAUCAAUUGAUGAUUAUAUGGAUAUAUAUAAUUUUGACAGCCUUUACAUGGAAACUGUCGGUUAGAUUUUGUGUAUCUUUCCUCUUAACACUGGAUAUUGAAAGGAUUUCUUUCUUUCACAAAGCAGAAAUGUUUCAAGGACCAUUCA